AUGACCUCUGCUUCAUCCUCUCGGCCUCUGCCUUUCGCUGCUGCGGGCGGUUCAUCAUCUCUAACAACUACUACUUCUAUUCACCAGCAGCCUUUGGCCGUUGGAUCCUUUGCGGCCACUAACGGAUCAACAUCCGUUGCUUCAACCCCUCAAGGAACUCCUCCCCCGCUGAUGGCCCGUAUGGAUUCCGCAGACUCGAAACCAACAAUCUUCACUGUAGGUCUUUUCUGAUAAUUAACUCUCUCUCUCUCUCUAUCGCUUCCCCCCCUUUUUGCUCACAUUCUAAAUUUGAUAGGCCACCUAUUCUGGUGUGUCGGUGUUUGAGAUGCCGGUCAAUAAUGUUGCGGUGAUGCGAAGACGUCAUGACUCAUGGCUGAACGCAACACAAAUUCUCAAGGUGGCUGGGGUUGAGAAGGGGAAACGGACAAAGGUUCUUGAGAAAGAGAUCCUCACGGGGCCCCAUGAGAAGGUUCAGGGCGGUUACGGAAAGUAUCAGGGAACAUGGUUGGGACGCUUUUUCUUCACCUCUUCUCACUCGCUAACAUUGACCCAGGAUUGAUUUUGAACGAGGCCGGGAAUUUUGCCGUGCAUAUGGUGUGGAAGAUCUACUCGCUCCUUUGCUGGAUCUUGACGUGCAGGCGGCUAGUGGUCCAGAUUCGACGCCCACAAAGGAACAAGCCAUGGCUGCCCGGAGGAAACGCAUGUAUAACUCCAGCCUGAACCAGGCGAAUGGUAAUACUGGGCCAUUGUUCCCGCCUAUAUCUGCUACAGUUACAAGUGCCUUUAAUGCGCUCAGUAAAUCAAGUGCUCGCAUGGAUUCGCCGGGGCCCCGAGGCGGAUACUCUCAGCCAGUACCCUCCUCGUCACAAACUACUAUCCGUCCGCAAGAAUCAUUCAGUCAGGAACCAUGGGCAAUCAGCCUUCCCUCGGAAACUAGCUUUUCCCAAUCACAAACUCAACCCGAUUCGGCAUAUGCAUCACAGUCUUUCACUACCGUCGACUCACAGAUCGAAUCUCAGGAGCCUCCACGAAAACGGGUACGUGCUUCCACGCCACCCCAUGAGGCACUACCACCUUGCUUCCCGACACAUCUGGAUACUCUCUCCAAGCCGGUGCAGCCCUUGGUUGUUGAGCAGGUUCCGGAUUCCGAGCGCGCCCGGCAGAUAUUGAUGAAUCUUUUUAUCAAUCCUGAAACUGAUAAUACAGUACUGUCCCAUCUCGAUUCUCUAACCCCGGAUCAGAUUGAUAUUCCUCUUGAUUCAACAGGUAGUGCAGCGAUACAUUGGUCCGCGUCUUUAGCUCGUGUCCCUUUGAUUCGUGCCUUGAUCACUAAGGGAGCUUCAAUUGCCCGUGUGAAUCAUGCUGGCGAGACUGCAUUGGUGCGGGGAUGCUUUGUAACAAAUAACUUUGAUCAGUCUUCUUUCCCCCAGCUUCUCAACCUGCUCCAUCCUACCAUCCCGAUUGCUGAUAACAAUGGUCGAACCAUUCUGCAUCAUAUCGCUGUCAAAUCAGGGAUGAAGGGAAGAAGUGCUGAUAGUCGAUAUUACCUGCAUUGUUUAUUGGAGUUUGUUGCGAAGCACGGGGCUUCAACUACGAGUCAGCGUACCAGUGGCCCAAAGGUUAUGAGCCUUGCAAGAUUUAUCGGGGAGAUUGUCAAUGCACAGGACAAAAGUGGAGACACCGCUUUGAACAUUGCCGCGAGGAUAGGCAAUAAGAGCAUAAUCCAGCAAUUGUUGGAAGUAGGUGCCGAUUCGAGUAUACCAAAUCGUGCGGGCCUGCGGCCGAUAGAUUUUGGAGUCGGUGGAGAACCUGCACCAGUUCCAAGUCGAAGAGAGCAAGGUUGGAUUUUACCCCCAGCGGUUGUACAAAAACGACAGGACAUCAUGAAAGGUAUUCCCUCCCCCCCCCCUCUUUUCUUCCUUUCUGCGACAUGUGCUAAUAUAUUUCUCAAUUGUUUAGCUAUCAAGGGCCUUAUUGCCGGGACAGAGAAAGACUUUCAGGGGGAGAUUGAAGCCAAGCAGGAACAGGUUACCAGUACUCUCAAUAGGUUACGGGAGGUUACCCUAAAGCUUGGGAAGGAGAAAGAAAAAAUGAACCAACUACGGCAGCGAAGUCGACAGCAUUCUGAACUCAAGCAACAUUGUCAGAAUCUUCGCCGAGCGACCGAGGAAGAGAAUGCCAGGCUUCGGGAGAAGGUGGGCAAUACCAACGGUGACAUUCCUGGUCUAAAGGGGGAGCGUUUGGAUCCGGAUCAACCCUUCAGGAUCAAAAUGGAGCUAUUGGCGCAGCCCGGUGACUCCAGAGAUAUUGGAGAGCGUCAGAAAGGGUAUCUCAAGUCCUUACCAUCAACUGCGGUACUGAAAGCCCGGAUCAGAGCCUACGCCACAAAUGAAGAAAACCUGCGCGAGGUUGCGGGUAAACUCCAUGACAAGAGCACAGACCUAGAGGAUAAAUUUAGGAGAGUUGUUGCUCUCUGUACUGGACUUGAAGAGUACAAGAUUGAUUCCCUAUUAGAGGGUCUGGUUCAAGCCGUCGAAAGUGAUCCCGGAGAAGUCGACACAGCUCGAGUCAGCAGCUUUUUGAGGAAGGUUGACGAAAGUACAGGGGCUGACUGAUGAAAGCAUGUUUAUUUUAUUUUUUUUGUCUUUACACUUUUCCCCAUUUCCAUUUGGAAUCUUUAAACUAUCAUUAAUUUCUUUUACUCGCGUUGUCUUCUCUUUCUCGGAUCUGGAACGAUAAAUUUCUGGGUAUGCUUUUUUAUUCAUGACUGCGCGGCGUUUAUAUCUUUGGCACUUGAUUCUUUAGGGUGAUUUUCUUAAUUGGAGGCGGUUGUUUGAGGUAUUUUAUGCUCCCCGAACAUUUCCUCGGGUAAGUUUUCAGGAGGAAGGAUAGCUCCCCAGCAGUUUCAACAGAGGGGAGGGGCUCUGAGGCGUCCGGUUAUCGUGUUUACUCAUCUGGUGAGUGAGGUGUAUUAUAAUGUAGCUUACUUGUUAUUUUUUGUCCUAUUCACGUCUUUUUAAUCACUGUAUUCAGAUUUCUCUCUUGAUUCUGGGGAUCAGUAAAAAAAGAAAAAAAAAGGAAAGAAAGCAAAUACAGUGUAAACUAACCCCCUUGAGUUCUAUCCGUGCUUUGUUUGAUACAUUUUACUAUAAUAAUGACUUCUCGACGUUAUAAAUGUACAGUGUUUGUUUGUUUCCUAUUCUCUCGAUAGUUUUAUGCUCGGAAACUUAAUUGGUACUCGAGGGCUUGUCUGGUAAAAUGUGCAGUACCGUACUGGGGAGCAUGAAUUUAAUUAUGA